AUGAUGGCCCAACCUAGGUAUUUGUAGAAAAUGGGAGAUACAUUUUCAAAUAGCAAAGACUUUUAUUCUUUUCAUUAAAUAUAACUAAUAGGUUGUAAAGUGCAACCUCAACGACUGGAAUAAUUAUAAAUUUCAUAGCGAACAAAAGUUGAUUAAAUAAAGGGAAGAACAAGUUCAGAUAUAUUUACAAAUUUAAUAAAUAGAGGGAUAAUUAAUAGUGAGUAGAAAGAGUUAAAUAAUGAGAGUAAUGAGAAUUGUAUAAAAAUGAGAGUAAAGUUAAAUGAAGAUGAAAGAAUGAGUUAAGAAGAUUAAAGAACACCUUAAAAUACAUAAAAUGCGGAUGAAUAAGUGAAAUGUAAGUAUAGAUUUAAUUUAUGAUAAGCAAAGAAGAUGUUACCACCUUUAAAGAUAAUUAUAGAUAAAGUGAAAGUAAAGGGGAGAUAGAACUAAUCAAAAGAACAUAAGGAAACAAUUAAAAGUUCAUUUAUUGAGACGUAAUUGAUAUAUUUAUAUUUUUGAAAAGGCCAACGAUACAAAAAUCAUUAAUUAGAAAAUAUAGAGCAUUUGGAUAAGGUGAAUAAAAAUCAACUAUAGAAAAUGAUACAAGUGUUCAUAAAAUGGGAAGAACUUCAUCAACUCCUUUAAUGUAAAAGUCAAAAGAAGAGAAAGAAGAUCAUUUAACAAGUAGAUCAGGAACUCCUUAAAAAGAGUUAUUUCAUUCAAGUCCAUUGAAAAUAAAAAAUAAAUUAUAAAAUAAACAAGUAGUAAUAUAAACACCAUAAUCAAGAGGAAUAAAAGAAAAAAAAUAAUUAAAUGGUUUUUAUUCUUCUUAAUCAUAAUAAUAAUAGAUAAAAACUAUAGAUAUUUAAACUGAUAAAAAAGUGAUACCAAAGAAAAAAAAGAAGUAAAGUUAAGGAUUAGUAAUGUAAUAAUAGAAUUAAUAAAAAGAGAAAUUAACUUAACGUCAUACAUCAUAUAGAUGUUUUAUCAACAAAAUCAAUUUUUCAAAUAAUUAAUGUAUUUGUUGUCCACCUAAAUUGGAAGUGCCUUCAUAUUUUUAUUAUGUAGGUAAGGGAAACAAUGGUAGUCUUAUUAAAAAUAUGUUUAGAUAAAGAUGGUGGUGGUAAGAAAUUGAAACAUUAGAUAUCACUAAAGUAAAUAUGUCUUGGACAUAACUUAAAUAAAAUAUAUGUAUAACUUAAUUGCAUCCUUUUAUUCUUGAUUCUAAUCUAUAGACUUCUGAAUCAUUUCAAUUAAGUCAUGAAGAAACUAUUGGAGAUACUAGUGAUUCUGACAUUGAAGUUAAACCAAAAUAAUUAAGUAUGAAUGGAGGUCUUUAAAAGUCAAAUACAUAAUAACCAUAAAAGAAACCAUCUAAUUAUUAUUCUUUAAAAAGAAUUCUAAACCCAUAAGAUCUUUAAAAACUUAUAAAUUAUAUGGAAGAAACUGGAUUUUAUGAUACUUAAUUAAUAUUUAGUGAUUGCACAGAUAAAUUGCUUAAAGAUAUUAAAUCUUACACUACUAAUUAACGAUAAGAUAGUAAGACUUUUCAUAUGCAUAAUCAUAUGGAAGAUAAUUGGCAUUUAGGUAAUAAAAAAGCUUUAUUUUACAAUAUGAAACAUUAUUAUCAAAUCAUUAAAGAAGAUUACAAUAAACUACUUCCUGUCACUUUUCAUGUUCAAAAAGGAAUCAAUGAUAUUGAAUAUUCGAAGUUUUUCGAAUAUUUCAAUAGGAGAAAUGAAGAAAUCAAAGAAAUUGAAAGAACAAGAGAUAGAAGAGAUAAAAAGAAACUUCCUAUUAAUUUAUGGAUCAUUAAACCUGGUGAAUUAACCAAUAGAGGUAAUGGAAUCACAGUUUGCAAUGAUCUUAAUGAAAUUAAUAAAAUACUAAAUGAAGAAAUUCAAGAAGGUAGACCCAGAACUUACAUUGUAUAAUAAUAUAUUGACAAUCCCCUUUUAUACAAUAAAAGGAAGUUUGAUAUUAGGUGCUAUAUGUUAUUGACUUCUUAAAAUGGAAUUUUUAAAGGUUAUUGGUAUUAAGAAGGAUACAUUAGAACAUCUUCAAAAGAAUUCACUACUAAAUGUUUAGAUAGAUUUGUUCAUUUGACUAAUGAUGCUGUUUAAUCUAAAGAUUAGGAUUAUGGUAAACAUGAACCUGGAAAUAAAAUAUCUUAUCUUGAAUUUUAGAGGUAUGUUGAAGUUAAUCAUCCUAAUACUAAAUUUAAUUUUUUUAUUGAUAUCUAUCCAAAAAUGAAAUCUGCUGCUCUGGAAAUGAUGAAAGCCACUUAUGGAAAAAUUGAUCCACAUCGCCGAAUUAAUAGCUUUGAAGUAAAAUUUCCUAUAAAUAUUAGCUCUAUGGAUUAGAUUUUAUGAUUGAUGACAAUUUUAAAUUAUGGUUAAUUGAAGCAAAUACAAAUCCUUGUUUAGAACUAUCAUGUCCUCUUCUAAGUAAAAUUAUACCAACUAUGAUUGAAAAUCUAUUUAGAAUUGCAGUCGAUCCAAUUUUCCCUCCUCCUUUUUUUGAAGAAUGGCCUUAAAAUAAAAAACUUUUUAUACCUGAUAAUGUUGUCGAAAACAAUAAAUUCGAACUCAUUUUUGAUGAACUCAUAGAAAAAAAAAACAUGAUCAAUCUAUUUCGAGAUAAUAAAAUAGAAUAAGAAUGUUUUGAUAUUGAAGAAGAAGAAGAAGAGGAAGAAGAAAAAGAUUGA